AAACAAGUAGGCUUGUUUGGGUAGAGAGUUGCCUAGGGAAGCUGAGCACUUGAGAGCCUCUCCUCCCUCUCCAGCCUCCCCUGCGGUGGUGAGGUCACAGCCUCUUGGAGUCCUCCCUCCUCCCACCCCUCCGGCUCCCUGAUCUCCCUCUGCCUAGGGGAAUCGGAGGCGCAAAGGACUGAGAAUAAGACGACAGCUCAGGAUGAAGACAUAGCCUUGGGGACCGGUGGAAAAAUGAGGCUGGAGUCCCUGCUGCAGCUGGUAUUGCUGCUCUCCCUGCCCAGGAGUCUGGGGGGCAGGGGGUGUCCAUCUCCACCCUGCGAGUGCCACCAGGAGGACGACUUCAAAGUCACCUGCAAGGAUAUUCACCGCAUCCCCAGCCUACCGCCCAGUACGCAGACUCUGAAGCUCACAGAGACUCGUCUGAAAACCAUUCCCAGUCUUGCAUUUUCAAAUCUGCCCAAUAUUUCCAGGAUCUACUUAUCUAUAGAUGGAACUCUGCAGCGGCUGGAAUCACAUUCCUUCUACAAUUUGAGCAAAAUGACUCACAUAGAAAUUCGAAACACCAGAAGCUUAACUUUCAUAGACCCUGAUGCCCUGAGAGAGCUCCCCCUCCUCAAGUUCCUUGGCAUUUUCAACACCGGACUUAGAAUAUUCCCUGACCUGACCAAAGUUCAUUCCACCGAUGUAUUCUUUAUACUUGAAAUUAUGGACAACCCUUAUAUGACUUCAAUCCCUGUAAAUGCAUUUCAGGGACUGUGCAAUGAAACCUUAACACUAAAACUGUACAACAAUGGCUUUACUUCAAUCCAAGAACACGCUUUCAAUGGGACGAAGCUGGAUGCUGUUUAUCUAAACAAGAAUAAAUACCUGACAGUUAUUGACAAAGAUGCAUUUGGAGGAGUAUACAGUGGACCAACCCUCUUGGACGUGUCUUACACCAGUGUUACUGCCCUGCCGUCCAAAGGCCUGGAGCACCUGAAGGAACUGAUAGCAAGAAACACUUGGACUCUUAAGAAACUUCCACUUUCCUUGAGCUUCCUUCACCUCACACGGGCUGACCUUUCUUAUCCCAGCCACUGCUGUGCUUUUAAGAAUCAGAAGAAAAUCAGAGGAAUCCUUGAGUCCUUGAUGUGUAAUGAGAGCAGUAUCCGGAGUCUGCGUCACAGAAAAUCUGUGAAUGGUCCCAUCUACCAGGAAUAUGAAGAAGAUUCGGGUGAUAGCAAUGUUGAAUACAAGCCAAACUCCAAGUUCCAGGAUAUCCACAGCAACUCCCAUUAUUAUGUCUUCUUUGAAGAGCAAGAGGAUGAGAUCAUUGGUUUUGGCCAGGAGCUCAAAAAUGCCCAAGAAGAGACUUUACAAGCCUUUGACAGCCAUUAUGACUACACUGUGUGCGGGGACAAUGAAGACAUGGUGUGUACCCCCAAGUCAGACGAGUUCAACCCCUGUGAAGACAUAAUGGGCUACAAGUUCCUGAGAAUCGUGGUGUGGUUUGUUAGUCUGCUGGCUCUUCUGGGCAAUAUCUUUGUCCUGUUCAUUAUCCUCACCAGCCACUACAAGCUGACCGUCCCACGCUUUCUGAUGUGCAACUUGGCCUUUGCAGAUUUCUGCAUGGGGAUAUACCUGCUUCUCAUUGCCUCUGUGGACCUCUACACGCACUCUGAGUACUACAACCAUGCCAUCGACUGGCAGACAGGUGCUGGGUGCAACACAGCUGGUUUCUUCACUGUCUUUGCCAGCGAGUUGUCCGUGUACACACUGACGGUCAUUACCCUGGAGCGCUGGUAUGCCAUCACCUUUGCCAUGCGCCUGGACCGGAAGAUCCGCCUCAGGCAUGCCUAUGUCAUCAUGGUUGGCGGCUGGGUUUGCUGCUUCCUGCUUGCCCUGCUCCCUCUGGUGGGAAUAAGUAGCUAUGCCAAGGUCAGCAUCUGCCUGCCCAUGGACACUGAGACCCCUCUUGCUCUGGCGUACAUUGUUCUUGUUCUGUUGCUCAAUAUCGUGGCCUUCGUCAUCGUGUGCUCCUGCUACGUGAAGAUCUACAUCACGGUUCGAAAUCCCCAGUACAACCCUGGAGACAAAGACACCAAAAUUGCCAAAAGGAUGGCUGUGUUGAUCUUCACCGACUUCAUGUGCAUGGCGCCAAUCUCCUUCUAUGCCCUGUCGGCACUUAUGAACAAGCCUCUCAUCACUGUCACCAACUCCAAAAUCUUGCUGGUUCUCUUCUAUCCACUGAACUCCUGUGCCAACCCAUUCCUCUAUGCCAUUUUCACCAAGGCUUUCCAGAGAGAUGUGUUCAUCCUGCUCAGCAAGUUUGGCAUCUGUAAACGCCAGGCUCAGGCAUACCAGGACCAGAGAGUUUGUCCAAAGAACAGCACUGGUGUUCAGAUCCAUAAGGUUACCAGGGACAUGGGACAGAGUCUCCCCAACAUGCAGGAUGCCUAUGAACUGCUGGAAAAUUCCCACCUAACUCCAAAUAAACAGGGCCAAAUCUCAGAGGAGUAUAAGCAAACAGUCUUGUAAGUUGAUCCCAUAACCACUCACAAAUGGUAGGGGGACUUAUAACAGGCUGGUGUCUUGAACAUGCACUCCAAUCUCAUGACACACAAACACACAGCUGACCUGACCUUUGUGCAGGUGAUGGUUCAUGAGGUCAUAGUUCAUCUCUGGAGAGUGACUAGCAUUAAACUAAUCACCGCCUCCAAGAAGGAAGAGAAGCCACCAGCACCAUCGGAAUCCCAGGUGAUGUGAAAACAAUCUGGGUUCUCUGGAAGACGUGCUUCAUGCUAAAUUCAGAGAUGACCUUGUGUGACAUGUUCAACAAGUAUAAACUGAACCAUUGUUCUUCUUGCCUUUAUACAGCAUUUCAUACUAAAGAUUCAGCAAAUGGUGACCACAGGAUAAAAACAGCCCCAUAUUGACUCAUUCAGCUUCACAUUCCCUUAUACAACCAAAGAGUUUUAAUUCCUUAAAGCUGAAAAGAUAAAAACAGCUAGAUGCCAUUCAAUAGCUGUUAUAAAAUAGGAAAAAGGGAAAAAGAUUAGCUUUGAGUUCCCCCCCCCCCAGACUCUGAAAGUAUUAAUCAUUUCUUCACUAGCAUCUACCUGAUAUUAUGUGUUGCCUGGAGAAACUGGUAAGAUUUCAGUUCAUGUGAUCUAGAAAACUAGAAUUAAUCUUAUUGGCUAUUCUCAUAGCAUCAAAGAUGUGAAACAUAGAAAAUAUUUGACUGAUAAAACAAACUGAACUCCAAUUAACUAGGCCUCAGAAGUCCAUGGAAAUGAAGGAUUCUAUGGCCUUUUCCAUUUAAAAUUUUGUGUCUGUCUCUUUCCCUCGAGACAGAUUUCCAUGACAAAGAGAAAGAAGACCACUAGGUAAGUAUAAUCUAUUUUUCCUAUCUUGUAGGGUUGUUGUCUCCUUUUUGAAACCAGACAUAUGACUCAGGAAUAUGUCUGCUUCCAAAAAUUUCUGAACCGAAAUUUCCAUUGAAUGACUAUAUUGAGUUGGAUCCAAAUCAUUUAUCUCAUUACUAGAUCUAUAUUGCUAUAAUCAUCAGACCAAAACCAGAUGGGUAUUGAUAUAACAGAAUAAAAGUCCUGCAAGUCUCAAUUACUUAGUUACUACUUUACUUUGCCAAACCACUGCUAAGCACUUAACUUGUCUUCAGGGAUUGGUAUAUUAACAAUUUCCAGCCCACAAUACCACACUUAAGCUGUCAAGAGAGAGGUGUCUUCUCUUCUGAUACGCCUGCUCUUUCCAAUCCCUCUGACCACUGGAUAUAAACCUUUAUUCCCUGACAGUGCUUCCUUACUUAAAAUCACUAGGAGCUUCAUCUUGGAUUCUCUCGCCAGGUUAUCAGUCAUGGAACCCCUCUAAUUUCUUGCUAGAAAAGAGUCCCCAAGCAGAGAUGGUGUUUGCUUCUCAGUCCUGAUGAACCCCAGCAUAAACCUUUUGUCAUUCUAGAUUUGUGGUGUGAGGUUAAUGGGCCUUCAGAGAUGGUCCUUUCCUGGGACAUUCACCUAGAAUAUGUUCACAACCAUAACCAUCACUACACUUGCACAUCUUAGCAAAUCUUAUAAAACACCUAAAAUCGUGGCUUUCCUAGCAGUUCAUAUGUAACUAAUGAAAUUAAACAAGUGUGUUACCUCUUGGCAUGUUUCUCUCCUGUGGCAUUUUGAAAUAUCAUGUCUUCAUAAAUAAUGUGUUUUAUCUUGAGUAGCUGAACUAGUUUGUGCUUUGGAGACAGAGUCCUACGAAAUAGACUUCAACGAGAUUGUUACUAAAAUUCGCAUCCACAACAUAAA